CAACUUGCCAACAAUGUAACCCAUCACUUGGAAGGACUGAGUCAUACAAAGCCAUUAAGUUACCUAUAACAGCCCUUGCAUUAGGAAGAGGCACUACAGACCAAAUAACACGUGAAACUAUUUAUAUCUUUUGACUGAAGCUCAAGUCUUAUUCCAUGACGACCUCUCCCACAAUGUUUUAUGGAUCUCCUUCUACCAUGUCUCCACCUAGCAAAAGCAAACUAAAGCGUCAGAGUCGCUUGCUUUCCCACAUGCUGUCCCGAACACUGAGCUAUAAGGACCGAAGUUCUGAUUCUACUUUUCCCAACUUGGGUGCCAGUGAUGACCCUGCAGAGCUUUCUACACAACUUUCUGCCCCAGGUGUCCUGAAGGUGUUUGGGGACAAUGUCUGUACAGGUGCCCAUUACAAGAGCGUCCUGGCCACGGCUAGCUCUAGUGCUCAGGAGCUGGUAAAGGAAGCACUGGAGCGUUAUGCUUUGAAUGCAGUGUCAGCCAGCCAAUAUGUACUAUGUGAUGUGGUGGGGAGAUUUGGGGGCUUAGGACAGCAAUGGCAGGCAGAAGGCCUUCGAGUCCUACGGGAUAAUGAGAAGCCCCUUUUGAUCCAGGACCUGUGGAAGCCCCGAGAAGGCUUCUCUCGGAGGUUUGAGUUGAGAAAGAGAUCAGAGGUGGAAGAAUUGGCUGCCAGGGAUGUGGACACUACCACAGCAGGGAUCAAUGCUCAGGCAAGAAAACUCCAGAAGAAUCGUGCAAAGGGUGCUUCAACAUUGACAGCUGGAUGUAAACGAAAUUCCACCCCACCCACACUUCGGCGCACAGUUAGUGAAACCAGCUUGAACCACACCAGUGCUCAAGAAGAGGAGCCAAAGGGGCAUUAUCCCACCUUGCUAGACCCCAACCAAAGCCCAGAGGACCCACGCAAAGAGCUUCCAGACCCUGUUUUGGAGAGAAAUAACAGUAGCAAUAUGAGAUACUCACUUUACCAGUCUCCACACCUUCUCCUCCUCCAGGGCUAUAGUCAGCAACAUGAUAGCUUAGUGUAUGUGCUCAACCGUGAACAGCACACAGUGGGCCAGAGAACUCCCUCUAGCAAGCCCAGCAUCAGCCUUUCAGCCCCAGACAUUCUGCCCCUUCACUGUACCAUCCGUCGGCUCCACCUCUCCAGCCAUUCGAGACACUCCCAAGCAGAAGAGAAGCUUAUUCUUGAGCCAAUUCCUGGGGCUAGUAUAUCUAUCAACUUCUCAGAGGUGGGAAAGACUAUGGUCCUUCACCAUGGAGACCUACUGUCCUUGGGGCUUUACUACCUGCUGCUGUAUAAGGAUCCUGCACGAGCCCACACUCUCCCUGCCCAAACCCUGGCACGGCUCAAAGCCGUCCCCCAAACAUCAGACUCUGUCACUUGUAAAAUGUGUGGAUCAGUGCUCAGGGGCAGACUAUCUUCCUCAUCCAAGAAGCGUGGAGCUCUGCCUAGUCAGAAGAACCCUCGACGAAGGCUUCAUCUGGAGUUUGAACCGGCUGUAGAAGAUGUUUUAGUGAAGAGGAUCAUGACAUUGAUUGAGCCAGGGGGUGAUGACCAUAAGCUGACACCUGCUUUCCUCCUCUGCCUCUGCAUUCAACAUUCUGCUACCAACUUUGAGCCAGGCGAAUUUGGGCAACUGUUGCUUAAACUGGCCAAACUGAUACAGAGGACAGUCUGGGAAAAAACCAAAGAACUAGCCGAAAAACAGUCUCAGCACCAGGAUCCUAUCUCCCUUUCCCGUCUCACCAUUGCUGACCUACUGCCAGACCUCCAAUAUAUUCUCUUCUGGAUGUCUAAUUCCAUUGAGCUCCUUUACUUUGUCCAGCAGAAAUCUCCACUCUAUAUCCAGAGCAUGGAAGAGGAGCUGGAUGUCAGAGGUUCUAAGGAAUCACUGUUCUCUUCAACGAUCACAGCCAGUGAGGAAGCCAUGACAGUUUUAGAGGAGGUGAUCAUGUACACAUUCCAGCAGUGCGUGUAUUACAUCUCUAAGUCUCUGUAUGUCUCUCUGCCCAUUCUGCUGGAGUGUAUCCCUUUCCAGAAUGAGAGCCGAGAAAGCUGGUGCUCAGCCCCUCAACUGCCCGAGGAGCUUCGACGUAUCGUGUCCAUCUAUCAGGCCACCUUGGACCUCCUCCAGCAGUAUGAGGUUCACCCCGAGAUUGCCUCCCAGAUGUUUGCCUACCUCUUUUUCUUCUCUAAUACACUGCUCUUCAACCAGCUCCUAGAUAAAGGACCUACACUGAGUUGCUUCCACUGGCCAAAAGGGGUACAGGUUUGUGCUCGCUUACGGCAGCUCUUGGAAUGGGCACAGAGUAUGGGUUUUGGGCCACUGGCAGAGCAAUUCUUCAAGAAGCUUUCCUGCACAGUAAACCUUUUGGCCACGCCCAGUGCCCAGCUGAUACAGAUGACUUGGUCAUCCUUAAGGACUCAGUUUCCAGAAUUGAGCCCUGCUCAGCUGCAUCGGUUGUUGACUCAAUACCAGCUAGCAUCUGACAUUGGUUCUGUGACUGCUUGGGAGCCUUUAGAUGAAGAUAGACCCAAAGCCUUCAAGACAGAGGAUGUCCUAGAAUCUUAUGAUAAUCACCCACCCAUUGUUCUGCCAAGUGGAGGGUUCAAAGUAGACUUGGAGGUAGAAUGUUUGGAUGAUAAUAUUUACCGGCACCUUCUUUACAUCCGCCAUUUCCUGUGGAGCCUACAGAGCAAAUCCUCCCAUGCCAGAGGCCCUGAACCAGAAAAUCUAAAGGGUUUGCAUCACACUAUUCUUGAAGGGAACUCAGAGAGUCCAAAUAGUCUAGUAACUUCUAAGGAUGCUGGGGACCACCUGGAUUCAAAGCAUUCGGUGGGCACGGUGGCCAGGGCAGUUGGAGAGGCCAAAACUCUGUCUGUCCUUACCAGCGGGGUUUCCCGAGCACAGUCCCCUGGUAGAACCCCUCUUCUGGAGAAGCUAAAGCCUCAAAACAGCAUGGGCAGGAACAGUUCUAAGAUGAACCUAUCUCAAGGGGAUUCUUCCUGUCUGUUGACCCCUCCCAAUACACCACUCAACUUUGAUCCCAGAAGUCAGGAUUCUCUCCAGCCCAGUGGCAGCUGUGAAAAACCCCUGCAUGAGCUGAAGAGGAAUGGCCUUACUGCUCAGAUCACGGCACAGGAAGGAGAUUCUCCCACCCCCUUUGAUUAUCCUACCCCUGCUUCCUCCAGCCGCAGUUCAGCUACUGAUGACUUCUGUUAUGCCUUUGUGGUGGAAUUGGAAAAAGGACCCAUUGGGCUGGGGAUGGGUCUGAUAGAUGGGCUGCACACUCCUCUGAAUGCUCCCGGGAUCUACAUCCGAACCUUGAUCCAAGACAGUCCAGCGGCCUCUGAUGGGAGACUUUCCUUAGGAGAUCGGAUUCUCGCAGUGAAUGGCACCAGUUUGAUUGGCACUGAUUAUCAGAGUGCUGUGGACUUGAUCCGAUCAGGGGGAAAGAAGCUACGGUUUCUGGUUGCCAAAUCAGAUAUAGAGAUAACUAAGAAAAUCAGCUCAAGCGCCUCUCCUUCCUAAGAUUUUUUGUUCUAGAACUGCUCUACAUAUCUGCCUGUCUGUAUCAAGGCUUUGUCAGGCAGGUUCUGCUUGAUAAUGCUCCUAGAAAGUGGGAAUCCAGCAAGUCAUGAUAGUUUGGAUAUCUGCUUUUCAUGUUGCAUUAUUUACUCAGUAUUACACCAUGCAGAAGAAAUCACAGUAUAUGGGAAAAAAAACAAAAAAACAGGGCUUAUAAAGUGGGUAGGUGCCACUGGCUCCCAAUAUGUAUUCAGCCUACAAACUAUAAACAGGGACAUCAUUGUGACUCAUCUCAAAAUUGUAGCAUGAUCAACUAUUACUUUUCUUGCCUCCUAAAAUGUCUGGUCCAGUGCACAAUGCAGGAUGGCAGGGUUUUUAUGUGUUCCUUACUAUAAGACUUACUGUUUGUUGUAUGUGAACUGUGUGCGGGCAACAAAAUCCCUCCAAAAUCCAAAAAAAAACCAGUUUUUAGUUCUUGUUUUGUACAUACAUAUGCGUGAAAAUACUAAACUGGAUAGUUUACUAGUUAAUCUUUUUCCUACGCCUAAACUCAAAAACUGUUGUUAUUCUACAGCUGGUCCAUGAGAAAUUACAAAAGGAAAAAUUCUGACCAGAGUGGCAUACAUACUUGAUUUUUACAUAGUGACAUUUUUGACUGUCAGCCAAAGAUUUCUGAAAUAGCAAGCAUCUUUACUAAAGGAAGAAUAGAAAGGUACCAGCCUCCUAGAUAUACAAUAGUCACAUGUAACGUGUGGAAAUUGUCUUAAGAGGAUUAGUUACUUCACUUAUCAUUCAUUUUAUACAAAGAAAAAAAAUUUGUGAUUAAAUUUUUUUUUUUUUUGUGAUUAAAUAUUAACUUGGCUAGUUUAUGAUAAGGGUUCCUAACAGAUUUCUUCCUGGAUCUCUGGUAAACUGCUUCUCUCACCAAGCUGGAUGAGCCUUUUAUAUAUAUAUAAAGUAUAUACAUAUAUAUACUUUAACUAAAAUAGUUUAGUAUUAAAAAACCUGUCCCUGUGCAUUUUUCUUGUUGGGCUGUUAACUUGGGUGUUACCCUAAGUGCCUUCUUGAGACAGUGGGUAGUGCCAACUCAGCCUGACCCAAAACCAAACAUUCCCCUUUUAGGAAUCUAUCCAUAUGUUUCUGAGGGCUGAUGCUAGUAUUCUGCUCCUCCAAAAUUUUUUAGCCAAAGGUAACAAUCAAAACUAAUGGAGUGAGUUUUACUUUCCAUGUGGCAUAUAGACCAAUCAUAAUAGAACUGACUCAGUUUGGAUUGUGAGUGAAACUGAUUAAAAUCGUGGAGAAUGGUUCUUUUGGGCAAUAGAAAUAAACUGAUAAGAGGGUUUCAUAAAGCUUAUCUGUACCACGCCUACUAAUAA